CACAUAUAUGAUUCUUCCCUUCCAUCGACGCAACUUUCUUAUAUUAUCUUAGGCACAGGUUUCCUAAUCUUUUUCGUCACGCAAAGCGUGCGAGAGAGAUCAUGGUCUCCUCCGCAGCCGUCAUUUGGUUUCUCCUCUAUCAGAGAGCUCGUUGCCUGACGAAAUCAAACAACGGCCGCAGAGGAAACAAGAGGGACAAUGGUUUUCUCAGAAGAAUAGCUUUUACCGCUAGGGCUUGCGAGGUUGUUUUUUAACGAGGGUCCAUAUGUAGUUAAUCAUUUAUUGACUCAGAUCAUAAUUCCCGCUAUUUUCACCUUGACCUCUGAGAAUAACUCGCCUUUGUUGGUCUUAUUUUAGAACAAUGGCCGACAGUUCCGUAACAGAGGAGAAGAGCCGCUCAUUUGAGUUUGACGAUAUUUUUGAACACGUGUCCUCCUUUGGAAAAUACCAAAAAAUCUUAUAUUUCUGCACUUUAUUGCUUGUUUUUCCAGUAACAAACCAGUUCUCUUUGUUAGUGUUUGGUUUUGGUAUUCCUAAGUUUCAGUGUGUGACACCAAAUGUCACGUGCGAGGCAAGGAAAUGUUGUGAUGGAUGUCACGCUUACGAAUUUAUAGGACCUCUUCAGAGCACCGUGUCUGAGGUAAGACUUUUCUGGGGGGUGGGGGAGGAGGAGUGAACAGGGGUUUAAGUCAGGCCAAUGAUGCACGGGUGGCCAUGAGCGCAAGCAGGCAAACAAACGGAUAGGCAGGAGGAGAGACGAGCAUAUACACGGGCAGACAAACAGGCAAAUGAUCUGAUGAACAGACGGACAAAGAGGAAGGCGAAGAACUAACAUGAAGGCAGACAGACAUAUAGGUAGACGGACAGAAAGACGACCGAGAAUUAUUUCAAUCAAAUAAUAAUUUCUUUUCCCUUCUUUCCAUUUAUGUUUAAGUGGAACUUGAUUUGUGACCGCGCGUUCCUGGGUGCAACGAUACAGUCCUGUUUCUUUGCUGGAAUGUUGGUAGGUUCACUUGUGACCGGGAUGAUUUCAGACGCCUGGGGCCGAAAGAAAUGUAUCUUCAUCUGCAAUGCAAUCAUGGUAAGAUGGCCGCAACCACGGCUUAGUCAUUAAUCAGCAAUGGGCUCCUGGCAAUGUUAAUUUUUACUUUUAUAUGAUCCAACGGGCAAAUCGGGUCUAUGAGAUCCUUUGCGGUGGAAAGUUUGAAUUUCACGCCUCUACUGGCGACUUAAACUGAAUCAUUUAUAUUUGUUUACCUUGAUUCAUUGUAAUUUUUCAGUUGAUUACCGGCUUUCCUUCAGCUUUUGUUCAUUCUAUUCCGUUAUUCGCGGUUCUUCGCUUCAUGGUCGGUUUUGGCUUGACUGGAGUGAUGCUCUCCCUUUACAUUUACGGAAUGGAAUUGGUUGGCCCGAAUUGUAGAACAGCUACUGGAAAUAUUACGUAUUUUUACUACAAUGGCUUUCAAAUGUUGUUUGUCCUCAUCGCUUAUCUUGAACGCCACUGGAGGAAUCUGAGUUUGAUAGCUACUGUCCCAGCUGCUUUGCUAUUCCCAUUUUGGAAGUAUGUACACAAUGACAACGUGUUCCUUUUAUCUCGGUCUCUCUCGCUUGCUUCUUUGUUGAUUGACUGACUGUCUGACAGACUCGCUGACUCGCUGACUCAUUGGUUGGUUGACUAACUGAAUAACUCACUCACUGACUCACUGAGUGAUUGGCUAGCUCACUGACUGACCGAUUCACUGGCUCACUGACUAACUGACAAAUUGACUGACCGAUUGGCUGACUGAUUGGCCGGCUGAUUUGCUGACUGACUAAUUGACUGACUGACUAUUUGACUUACAGACUCAUUGACUGACUGGCUGACUGAUAGAAUGACUCGCUAGCUGGCUAACUGACUGGCCUUCUGACUGACUAAUUGACUGACUGACUAUUUGACUUACAAACUCAUUGACUGACUGACUAUUUGACUUACAGACUCAUUGACUGACUGGCUGACUGACAGACUGACUCGCUAGCUGGCUAACUGACUGGCCUCCUGACUGACACUCUUAGAAUGAGACUGUUUUGCUGACUAACAUUCUAACCAAAAUCCAUCAAUCCUUCGAGUGAUGGACUAACAAAAUCUGAUUUGCAAUUCCACAGGCUUAUUCCAGAAUCUCCCCGAUGGCUUGUCGCUCACGACCAACUGGACGAGGCUAAAUCCAUCAUCGAGGCUUUUGGAAGCAAAGAUGAGAAAACUUUAGAUUCAGAAGUGAUACGAUCUCUAUUGGAGGGAGUAAGAAGGGAACAGAUCGAGCGAGAAAAGACAGCAAAAAAGUAUAAUCCCAUCCACAUGUUUCUUACGCCGAAGCUUAGGAAGUGGACGGCAAUCAUCUGUUAUCAGUGGUAUGAUAAACAAACAAACAAACAUGUUUAUUAUCGUGUGCAGGUACUUUUUUUAAUCCGAUAAGGGUAACUAAAAGUUAGUCGUAAGGUACUUGUGCUUUCAUCCAAUACGUUGUUAUUGCUGUCACUUAAUUUAGAGAAGGUCAACAUAAUCGUUUCCUAAGGGAACGGUCUCUCUCCCCAGGGUCUCUCCUCCAGGGGAGAGGGUGUUGGAGGAUUUUGGUUGUGUCACGAUCAAAUUUACCAGAUCCCCCCUCAUAAGGAUCAAUCAUAUUCUUGUGGUUGCCUCACUUUGGAAGUUAAUUGACAGUCAAUUUUCUAUAGUCCCCUAUUUUUACUCUGUUGUUAGCGACGACUGAUACUCCCUCCAUUCUCCUUGAAAACCAAGUGCUACCCCAAAAAUCCUCCACACCCCUCCCUUCUCUGGGGAAAAAAAGUGAAUGGUCCCUAAAAUACUGUAUCCCCGGUGUCAGGAACGGUCCUUAAAGAGUUUUUAUCUGUCACUCCCGCAGGUUUGUGGUAGCCAUGGUCAAUGUUGGGAUGUUCAUAUUCAUCUCCCAAUUGGUCGGUGACCUCUAUGUUAGUUACGUUGUUAUAGAGAUCCUCACAGUUGUCCGAAUACCCGUCACGUGGAUUCUAUAUUUAAAGUAAACAUGGAAGUUUUUUCCGUAUCAAGUAUUGUAACUUUUUUAAAUUCAAUCCUUACCAUAUUCAGCUCCGCAAGAAGUGUUUUAUCUUAGAUCACAGUAAAAUAAGUGUUUUUAAGUAAAGUGAGUAGCAGAAAACAGUAUAAUCCCACUGGUGUGGAAAAAGACGCAAUUUUUGACUCUCAAAGGUGCUCAAAAUUUAAGUUUCCCCUCAGAAUAUUAACACAUUGAUUUAUCAAAUAAACGGUGUUUUCCUGAUUAACAACAAACUCUCAUUCAACAAAAUCCUAAGGAAAUUUACCACCACCUUUGGGUGUUCAAACGCUGAGCUGUUAGCUGUGGGUCAAGUGAGAAAAUGACUGGACGCUACAUCGUAUGGAAAUGAAAAAAAAAACUGUCGGUCGUAAUUACUGUCUGGGCGGCUGUAUGUCAGGUUUCUGUUGCUAGGGAUGCUGAUUGUGAUCGUAUUUUUCUCAGAUUUGGUCGCCGCAUUUGUCAUGGCAUUAUCAUGAUCCUCGUGGGCGCCAUCUUUCUCUUGGUUUUGCUGGUGCACAAAGGUAAGGUAACACAUUAUAACAAACUUAAGCGAGUAAAGGAAUCUAACAUUGCAUUUGGGAUGCGUUACCUCGCAUCAAUCCCACUUUACCAUCUCAGUUAAUUGAACGCAACAACAAUGCUAAUCGGGUCGCGUUUUGCUGCGCCUCGGGAAGUUUGUUUUUCUUUUGCUUCUAACUGACUCUUUUACAAAUUUCUCUUUGGUUUUUGAAUUACGACACUUGUCUCCAGGCUUUCUCUCUUGCAUCCUUGACCGUGAUGUCUAGCAAGGAGGAUAGUAAACGUGGACCAGAGUGCUAUUCUUUUAUGUUCGUGCAAAAUAGUCAUUUUUUUGGCCUCGACAAUAUGUUAAAAAACACAGAAACUUCCUCUCAAAAAUGAGACCAAGAAGGCUGGUUAGCAUGCUUCGCUAUCUCGUCGAGUGUCUUUUGGUGACAUCAAAACAAGUUCCAGACAUGACCGAACCAGGAUCUCUUAAUGGUCAGCUGAGUGAAGCCUUUUGUAUCAAUAUAUUUUCAGAAUCUGACGUGGCAACAACGGUAUUGUCCCUCUUUGGAUACCUGUUGAUCGACUGCACUCGGACAAGUAUUUACUUGAUGACCUCUGAGUUGUUUCCAACCGUUCUAAGGUAAUUAUGGAGGGCUAAUUCAUUUGAACGUCUGCGUUUGAUGAGGCACUUGUUUUGUUUUCCGCUGCGCAGUGUAAUUGGUCUUGAAAACUCGUGCAAUUUACCUUUUUUAUCUCAAUAGAAACACGGGUCAAGGUAUAGGGUCGACCGGUGCACGGAUUGGUGGAAUAUUGGCGCCUUAUGUUGUUUUGAUGGUAAGAAACCGUCCGUUUUUUUCCAUGGUCCAUUCUGUUAGUUACGGACCGAGUUAAUAUUUCCGCCCGGAUUUAUGACCCAUGCGCGAAGUGCACAUGCUAUAAAUCCAAUUCUGAAAAAACAACAACAAUAGCAAAAAAAAAAACAAGGUUCCAUAACUUACAGUUUGCGGACCGAGUAAACGAGGCUAAUGAGAUAUUUAUUAUAUCUCUGAGUUCAAAUAGAGGGGGGAAAUUAUGCUUGAAACAGAUUUUUGAAUUUAGCAGGUCGUACAGUGAAAUCGACCAAUCAUAGCGCACGUACUCACUGAGAGAUAUUUACACAAAUUUUACACAACAAGCAUCAACCCGCCUAAGAUGUCGCCACUCGGCUUAUCUUAAUCUUACUUACAAGCUUCAAGAGCUGUGCGAUCACAAACACUUCUGAAAUGAUUUUAUCGAAUUUCUCACUCCAGAGUCAGUUUCCAGGCCUCAGUGUUGUCUUCCCAGUUGUGAUUUUUGGCGUGGUUGCAACGCUCGCUGGGAUUUUAAUGUAUUGGAUUCCAGAGACACUCUAUUCUCCUAUGCACCAAACUAUUGAAGAAGCUGAGGCAGCCGAAGACGAUUACGGGAUACCUUACUGUGGGAAAAGGAUUGAGCUGCGCAGGCGCAAAAAGGCGAAUGAUGUAGAAGUAGUAUGGCUUUAAAGAGGCUAACGAGUAAAUAGUUGAGACCUUGGGGCAACUUUUCUGUUGCAGGGAGGUUUACUUUUACACUUGCAAGGUCAGCAUUCAUUUAUAGUUUUCAUAAUUAGAUGUUUUUUACUGGCUUAGAACAGCAGGAAUGCUAAUACAGGUUGUUUUAUGUAGAAUGAGAGCGAUUACCAUCGUUCACCUCUUCAUUAGAGACCAGUCAUUACUCAUCGCCCGGGGGUGGUACUCUAGUGAUUUCCCAUCGUUAGCAGACAAUUUUCUAUUGGCACCUCCCCUUCGUUUGUACCCUGCAAGUGACCACUGUUCCCCCCUCGAUUCCCCUUAAAAACCACGUGAUCCUCCCCAAACAUCCUUUCCCCCCCUUCCCCGGUGAUAAAUACUGACUGGUCCCUUAAGUACCUAAUUAUUAAUCUCGU